AUGACUUUCGACCACCCUGCCUUCUGGAAGUGCGAUUCUUGCGGUCUUCCCGGCGUUCGCCUUUCCUCCACUGGCACCGGCUCCAGCCCAGCAUUCUACAAGUGUGUUCCUUGCAACCGUAACUUGGGAUCCUGCCCUUGCGUCACUCCCGGUCUCCGAACAACCGGCAACUGCCCCUGUGGCGAAGAGAGCGACGCAGAUAUGUCCGACGGCUCAGAUGACCUUUCUCUCCACAAGCAACUGUCAAAUGGUCACAACCCUGAACAGGGAUUCGAUGUUGACUGGGAGUCAAAUUGCAAGCCCGGCUACAUGGUCAAGAGAUUCAAGGCCACUGGCAAGGAGAUCCUUCCCUUCGCUUAA